AUGGCGGAUCUCCAUCCCAACCCAGUGCCACCGCCCGAUGUCAUGAACGACCCCCAAUACGCCACCAACCACCGAGACAGAGACAGCGAAGAUGGACUGGGGGAGGCAGACACUUGCAGGAUAUGCCGAUCAGAGGGCACAGCUACGGAACCUCUGUUCCAUCCUUGCAAAUGUAGUGGGAGCAUCAAGCACGUUCACCAGGACUGUUUGAUGGAGUGGCUGUCGCAUUCGCAGAAGAAGCAUUGCGAGCUUUGCAAAACCGCAUUCCGAUUCACCAAGCUCUACUCCCCGAACAUGCCAAAAUCACUACCAUGGCCUGUCCUUCUGCGGCACGUCGCUAUACAUUCGGCUAGGAACGUUGCGACCUGGCUAAGGUUCUGUCUAGUAACAAAUGUCUGGCUCGGAUGCCUGCCGUACGUUAUCAGACAAGUCUGGCGGCUGCUAUUUUGGAUCAGUGAUGGAGGAUGGCCAGCGGACUACCCACCACUCACUUCGAUCAGUAAUGAGACAAAUACACAAGCACUGGAUAUGGCCGGAGAACUACAGAAGCUCGCAAGUCUAGCCGGGAACGGAACCUCUCCGGUCACUCCCCUGCAGGACCCCCAGACUACGUCUGUCAGUGUGGGAAAUCUGGUCGUGAAAUUCUUUGGGCUUCUGAUGCCGAUGUCCCAAACCCUGAACAUCAGUGCCCUGGACCCCCUGGCAGUCGGCUUUCUCAAGUCUCUGUAUUACGGAUUUGGAACCCAGGGCGGUGAUGUAUCAGCGAAAGCUAUCGCAAACACAACUUCGUCACAGUCCUUGGCAAAUCAAUCCCUCUCAUCUCUCAAGCCGUCGCUGUUGAGUGAUGUUGGAUUUCUGGUAAACCUGACGAGGCACCCAUCCAUCAACCAGCUUGUCAUUGCUAUAGCUGAAGGCUAUAUCAUUACGAUCUUGGUUGUGGUAUGUUUCAUUCUAGUAUUCUUGAUUCGGGAGUGGGUCGUCCAGCAACAACCGGGUAUCAACAUGGGUGCUGGUUUUAACGCAGAAUUCGCUGCUCCCGCAAGGGGCCGAGAGCAACUGCCAGCGCGCGAGCCAGAUCAUGAUGAUGGAAACGAUGCUGACGACGAGAACCCGCUUGAGGACGCCCACGACCGUGUACGUGAACCUGGAAGACGCCCGAUGGCCCGAGUACGCCGGAGACACAACCACUUGAACGAUGCUCCCGAGCGACCCCAGGACGCUGCUGAGCUGAUGGAGAGCUUGGGGCACAUGGCUGAAGCUUUAGAUUCGCAACAUCGACCUGCACCAGUUCGCGAUGCUCUUUCUCCCGCGGCAGAGAUUCAACGGUUCAUGACAGAAGAGCCCAGAAUGACGGAAGAAUUUCUUGCUGUCUGGAGGAGAGCUGAUGGUAGUCCAGACGAGGUUUUACGCAUCAUCGAGAGAGAGAAUAAGGUCGAUCAAAUGCGCUAUUGGGUUAAUGCUAUGAAGGUCCUAACUAACCCCGAGAACCAAGAAGCUGGGCUUCGUGCACCUCAAACGCUUAUACCUCCAACCUCUUCGCCUUCCCAAUCUGCUACAGUAGGUGGGGCUUCCAGCACCAAAUCUCACUCCUCAACGGCUCAAUCUGUCUUGGGCACCGGAAACGGAAACGAGAAGAAACCACAGAGCAGUAAUAGAAGCAGAACUAGCUCAGAGAGUUGGGGGGGUGUUGAAAUGCUUAGCCUGCAAGUUCAAGACGAACAGAAAUUUACCACAACUGAUGCCGGCUCUACCCCAUACAAAGGAAAAGGAAAGAAUAUUGAGGAGGUGACUAUAGAGCCUCAACUACACAUCACACCUCAAGAGGAUUUCGAAAACGGCUCUUCUCCGAGAUUGAAAGGGCGAGAUGGACCGAGCCCCGGCUUGGAACACAAAGUUGAUUCAAUAGAAUCCUCCGCUCUUUCUACGAUCCAUUCAGACCCCAGUGCUCUUGCGAGUUCGUCCAGACCUAGAGCAGUAUCUGAUGGGCCUCAGCGUCGGGAUGUCAUAUCUCCCUUGGCCCAUGGCAGUUGGACCUUCUCGAACCUUGCCUCCAACGAUGAAGAUGGUGACAAAGCCAGCUCAGGGUUAGAACGGAGCUGUGAAUCUCAAAAUCCCGAGCCUGACUUGCAAGAGGCUUCUGCACUCGUGACUAAAGAAACAAACCAGGCCUUCGUUGGAGCUUCAGACCAGGGUAGCCAAGCUUGGAAGGCUGCGCAAGAUCUCCGUGUUCAGCAAACCGUCGAGAGAGCCAGAGAAGUUCAAAGAAACAACGUAGCUCAACAUUUUCUUCCUGCCUCCCCCUCUGCACAGGAAGAUGCCGAUGCGGAGGGCCCUAUCGAGAUUCUUCAUCAGGACGGCGUAACACGCACCUAUGAAAAUUGGGAUGAAGUUUUUGACGCGAACCCCGUUGACACAGACUCAGAUUUUGAGGCAGGGUUGGCAAAUGCAAAUUUUAACCCCCUCCAACCCGACACGCCUCUACCCGUAGCUCGCGGACCUGUAGUGGCACGCCCUGCGGAAGGUCAGGGAUUAUUAGCGAAUAUCGCAGAGUACCUAUGGGGUGGUGUGGGUGAAGGCAUUAUCCACGAGGAUUUAGGCGACAACGACGAGCACAUCGUACAAGACUUGGCGGCCGAGGCUCCUUUCGUCCCAGUUCACCAUCAUGAUGUUCUCGAACAGGAUGCCGGUUUCGCAGAGCCAGACCAGGCUGUAGUAGACGCCGCGAUCGCUGCAGGCUUGGAUCCCAAUGAUCCUGAUGCAAUCGAAGAGGCCGAGGACUUCGAGGGUAUAAUGGAAUUAAUUGGCAUGCGUGGCCCAAUAUUCAGCCUGGUACAAAAUGCGUUGUUCAGUGCGUUCCUCUUGGCCUUGACUGUGGCAAUUGGAAUCUGGAUUCCAUACAAUAUCGGGCGAGUGUCGCUUCUAGUUGCAGCAAACCCUGGGCCCGCUGUUAAGCUCCCUUUGAGAUACCUCUUUGGAUUCGCCGCGUUAUUGCAGGAUUUUGCCGUCUCAGCGGUCGGAUUGAUGAUAUACGUCGCUCUUUGGAUGAUCUCUGCGCCCUUCAAGUUGUUUUCGUCCACUGCCAGCAAAGACUAUGGGCUCGGCUCGACUGUCCUUAACCUUUCUCGCAAUGCAGCUGGUCGCAUCCUAAAUGUCACGACAAGCAGUCUUUUCGAAAUUUUCGAUUCCGAAAUUGUGCCUUUCUCCGCUGCCUCUCACGAAUCCCUGAUAUCGAUAAGAUAUUUCGUCUUCAAUACGAUGGCCAGCAUCGGCAGCACGGUCAUCUAUACAUUCACAGGUGACUAUAGUGUGACUUUGAGAGGUACAUCGGACUUCUUGGCCGAGAGUUUCCAAUACGGGUGGCUUUUGCUUGCCUCGGUACCAGGACUUCUUGCAAAGCCCGAGUCCUGGGUAAUCAGCCUCGAAAUUGGAAAGCGAGCUACCCCUCUAGACGUUGGGCUGAGCGUCUGGGGAGCCACGGAUCGAUUCUGGGCAAUCUUCGCAGGCUACAGUGCUCUCUGCCUUCUGGGCGCGCUUUACGUCAAGAAAGGCUCCCCAUUUUCAAAUGGGCAAAACGGACGCGAAUGGGAAGCGCUUCUCAUCGAUUUCCUCAACCAGGCCGGUGGUGUUAUGAAGGUGAUUCUCAUCAUUAGCAUUGAGAUGCUCGUUUUCCCACUCUACUGCGGCCUCCUCCUAGACGCUGCCCUUCUCCCACUAUUCGAAGAUGCCACGAUCAUGUCGCGCAUCCUCUUCACAUUCAGAUCUCCUUUGACUUCGAUCUUUGUACAUUGGUUCGUUGGGACUUGCUACAUGUUCCACUUUGCUCUCUUCGUUUCGAUGUGUCGGAGAAUCAUGCGGAAGGGAGUACUUUACUUCAUCCGCGAUCCGGAUGAUCCGACAUUCCACCCUGUACGCGACGUCUUGGAACGCAAUGUGGCAACCCAACUUCGGAAAAUCCUAUUCAGCGCUCUGGUUUACGGCGGAUUGGUUGUCGUUUGUUUGGGGGGCGUUGUGUGGGGACUGGCAUACGCAUUCAAAGGCGUACUCCCAAUCCACUGGUCAUCUAACGAACCUGUUCUCGAAUUCCCCAUUGAUCUUCUCUUUUAUAAUUUCUUCAUGCCUCUCGCAGUCAAAUUCUUUAAGCCCUCGGAUGGCUUGCAUGCUAUGUACACCUGGUGGUUCCGCCAAUGUGCGCGGAUGCUUCGACUCACCUGGUUCAUGUUCGAUGAACGGAGGCGGGAUGAGGAAGGCUACAUGGUACACAAGAGUUGGAUGGACAUCUUCCGGAAAGCCAACGAGAAAGACGUCCCCCUCAUCAAGACUGAUAACGUGGACCGCCCAUUUGUGGAAAGUCCCGAAUUGACAGCCUACUUCCGCUUGGAUGGACGAUAUGUCAGAGCGCCAGCAUCUGAUCAGGUGCGAAUUCCCAAGGGUACCGCUCCCUUUCUUGAAGUUGACCAAUCGAAUAAUCGGAUCGACGGCAAGAAGGACCUUCCAGAUGGACCUCAUGGAUCAAAAACAGAUCUCUACAAGCAGGUCUAUAUUCCUCCUUGGUUCCGCACACGGAUUCUGCUCUUUAUAAUCUCCAUCUGGCUCUUCGCAGCUCUCACCGGAGUUUCCGUCACCAUCCUCCCUCUGGUCUUCGGUCGUCAAGUCUUCGCCAAGAUAAUUCCAGCACAUGUCCGCAAAAACGACGUAUACGCCUUUUCAAUCGGCAUCUACAUCCUCGGCUCAGCUCUUUACGCCAUCCUCCAUCUCAGAACCUUUGUCAGCUACCUCCGCACCACCCUCACCAUCAAUACCGACACACCUCACAAUGUGAUUCGUCGCAUCACCGCUAUCGCUUCACGAGUGGGCCGUGUAGCGUGGACCUACACAGCAUUCAUCUUCCUCCUCCCCACUCUCUUCUCCUUCGUCGUCGAAUUCUACUUCAUCGUGCCCCUGCACACCUAUUCCGCACUCGAUGAGCGCCACACCAUGCAUUUCGUGCAGUCCUGGACGCUCGGCUUGCUGUACGUGAAACUCGCCACUCGUCUCAUCCUCUGGCACACCGACUCCCGUCCCGCGCAGUCCUUGCGCGCUGUCACACGUAAUGGUUACCUCGAUCCUGACGCGCGACUCGCCACCCGAAGCUUCAUCCUGCCUGCCACCUUCGCCCUCAGCUUUGCUCUGUGGUAUCCAUGGUUGUUAGCACGAUUGGCGACGAACACUGUACUGAAGGAUAACCCAGAACUACAUACACUGGCUUAUCGGUAUGCGUACCCAAUGUGUCUUUGUAUGUGCGCGAUUGGCUAUGCGUGGUGGGUGUUGUUCGGAUGGGUGAAGGAUUGGAGGAUGAAGAUCCGCGAUGAGGUUUAUCUGAUUGGGGAGCGCUUGCAUAAUUUCGGCGAUAGGAAAGGGGCAGUCGGGAUGGGCGUACCGGGGGUGAGGAGGAUCGAGACAUAG